GCAUUCAUUCAGGGAGGUGGAAGGAAAUGUUCCAUGCAAAGGUUUUAUCCGUAAAGAUGGUGAGACCGUUAUGAUGAAGAAGAUUCAAACAAUGGGAAGAGAUCUACUCGACAAGUACUUGCGCCGAAGUUGCGAAACUCUCACCUGGGAUUGGUCCAACUCUGCAGUGUCUUGAUUCGAUUGAAUCAAUUUCUGCCUCCUUUUGGGAAUGGCAUCGAAAUGGGUGCGAAACGUGUCGAGAAAUUGGAGUUGAAACUAUUCCAAAAUUGUUUCCCUCUCGCGAGCCUCUUAGACAUUAUGCGUAUGCCGCAGGAACGAUCAACUAAGCCAUAACGAUUGCGAGAAUUUGAAAGAUAAAUCAUGCGACUAUAAAUUUUGUUAGUUUUGACGGGGAUGGAGCGUUGCUUCAACACGCAGGAGCUGGAUGAGGACGACGAGAUGUCCUACGCAGUGAUCUUCUGUGCAUCGAAGUAUUUAGCAAUGGAUCUGUAAGGUGCUAGACAUUCGAAGAAAUCUCUCGCAAUUAAGAUCGAAUCAAUCUUGCACCCGCAUUGGGUGCGACCUAAUUGCCACCUCUUCUCGGAUCUAUACUUCGCCCAGGGUUUCACGCCUAGAGUAUCGAUUGCCGAGUAUUCGAAAUCGAGCACAGAAUACUCGAUCUGAGAGAAAAGAAUGCGGCCAUGGUAGAGCUGAGACGGAGUCAACCGGGCCAACUGACAGCUACGUGCAACGACCGCUUCUUACACUUAAAUUUCGAGGACCGAUUCAUCUUUUGACUGAUGGAGGUAAUUUGGGAGCUGUAAGACGGGCAGAUGCGAACUUGCAAGCUCAGCAGUUUGUCUUGCAUCAGUCACUGCAACAAUUUGAUGCUUUCGGAGAGCCUGGAGGUUGCCAUUAGUGUACAGACUAGGUAUGCGUCUAGGUGUUUCCGGCGAAGUCCCAGACAUGGCGACGCCAGCGUUAGCUUAUAGCACAGCUCUGUUUCCAUCGUUCUAUGAUUCCAUGGUCGAUUCGCUUCCGCCUGAAUUCGAAGUCGCUGAGUCCCAUGGAUUUUACAGCAAUCUGGCACUGAAAUCUGUGCCGGAACCGGGUGGUGCAGUCAAGAUCCUCGACCUUUGCACUGGGACCGGUAGCAUUCCUCGAUGUAUUGCUAAAGCGUGGGCGGACAAGUGCGGAAAAGAGAGUAAGUGUAGGAUAAUUGGGGUAGACAAUAGCGAGGAAAUGCUGAAGGUCGCUCGGAGGGGAUGGAUUGAAGUGUCCGGGGUGAACGUGGAGUGGAAGCUGGGGACGCUUGGACAAGAAGGAGCGCUGGCGGGAGUUGACAACGUGGAUUUAGCGGUGAUCUCAGCUGGAUCGUUUCACCAUCUGAGAACGCACGAGGAGCAGCUCAUUGCGUUGCGAGAAGUGAAAGCCUCGCUGAAAGAGGGCGGCCUUCUGGUGAUGAAUCUCUUUGGACUUGACGAGAUUGUUGAAGAAGUCAGCAGUGGCGAUCACGGUGGGCAGGAUGUCUGGCACUUGAAGGACGGAUUCUGGAAACAGACCUUGAGUAAAGAAGUGGAGACAUUAGAGGAUGGGGGGAUCACGGGAACAGAAACUUUCAAAGUGGGAUGCGAGAUGUGGAAUGAGGAAAUGGUGUGCAAGUGGACAUUACGCGCGGUGUGGUGGGAAGAUGUGCGGGAACUCUGCGAGGAAUUAGGUCUGGUGAUUCUUCAAGAGUUCCACAGCUUUCGUGAUGCAUUGGAUGGGAGUAAGGCUGCCUUGAAGGAAACAGGAGAAACUGGAAGAAUCUUUGUAAUUCAAAAACAGAAUGAAUUCCACGGCGACGUUCAGAAAAUGGCGACGCCUACACUGGCAUACAACACAGCCCUAUUUCCUUUCUUCUAUGACGCCAUGGUUACCUCCCUUCCAGUAGAAUUCGAAGUUCUCGAAUCCCGUACAUUUUACACAAAUCUGGCACUUAAUGUUGCGCCAGAAACCGAUGUCGAUGUCAAGGUUCUUGAUCUCUGCACGGGCACCGGUAGAAUAUCUCGAGAUAUUGCGGCUGCCUGGUCGAAAGUGGCCAGUAAGUGCAGAUCGUGUAACAAAAACAGGUCAUUGCAGUUAAUUGGUCUUGAUAAUAGCGAGGAGAUGCUUAAGGCGGCCAGAAGAGAAUGGAUCCAGGUUCCUGAUGUGGAAGUGGAGUGGAUGCUUGGCACCCUUGGGCAACGUGGAGCUCUGGCGAGCGUUCGGGACAUAGAUCUUGCAAUAGUUUCGGCUGGAUCUUUCCAUCUUUUGACAACGUACGAAGAGCAGCUAGUUGCGAUGGGGGAAGUGAAGGAGUCCUUGAAAGUGGGUGGCAUUCUGGUGCUAAAUCUCUUUGGAGUAGACGAGAUUGUCGAAGAAGUUAGUCUUGGCGACCACGGGGGGCUAGAUAUCUGGCACUUGAAUGAUGGAUUCUGGAAACAGACACUAGAUAAAGAGGUGGAAACCUUGGAGGACGGCGGCAUCACAGGAACGGAAACCUUCAAAGUAGGAUGCAAGAAAUGGAACGAGGAAAUGGUCUGCAAAUGGACACUACGCGCUGUGUGGUGGGAAGACGUAAGAGAGCUGUGCGAGGAGGUGGGAUUGGUGGUUCAGAAAGAGUUCAGGAGCUUUGCCGAUGCAUUGUGUGGGAGGACUGCCGACACGAAUGAGAUUGGAGAUGCAGGAAGAAUUUUUGUGAUACAAAGAGAGAGUUGAUUCUCCGCAUUGCCGCGUCCGGAUGACACAGGUGGAUUGGCUAGGUCAAUAUUUCUGAUAUUCCUUGUAUCUUUGAAUGUGUCUGCACUCAUUCAAGUACUACACGGUGUCCUAGGUGUCCUCAACAAGGAUAAGCCUUGUGAACCACCUUUUUUGGGUAUCCCGAAUGUCUAACUAGAACAUGAGCUCCUCACUGUUCUUUACACAAGUAAGAUCAUCCGGAAGCGAGGUCUUACGAGUGAGGAACUGAAAGUCCGAAAAUACUGACUACGAUCGGCAGCAUGAGAGUGUUUAACCACUUGUGAACGUGAAGAUUGGACUGUAGUGGUAAGGAGGUUGUACAAACAGCCUGCUACAUCCAACAGUGAUUCCGAUCUUGUAUUGUGUAGUGAUGUAUAUCUAUGAGACUAGAAACUUGAGUGCAAUAUUCUAACAGGGUCCGAAACCACAAUAUAUGUUUUCAGAACAGUGUUCUGGCCUGUCCGGUACAACUACUAAUAACGAUUGAUAGUGCAAAUGUGCCUAUUCUCCUUAUAUGAUAUAAUUUGUACCGUUCAGAUUCA